CCAUAGGACUAUGACACACUCACCCAGGGCCCCACCUCGCUCCUUUCUUCCGAUAACAGGGCUCUAGAUUUCUGAUGUUGCCUCAUUUCCUGGGAGGGGAGAGGGCAUGGUGAGCCCUGCUCUAGGUCCAGCUCCAGCGGAGAUCUCCCCACAAUGGCCCUGGUGCUGAUCCUCCAGCUGCUGAGCCUCUGGCCUCUGUGUCACGCAGACAUCACUCCGUCUGUCCCCCCAGCUUCCUACUCCAAGCCAUGGCUAGGGGUUCAGCCAGCUGCAGUUGUGACCCCUGGGGUCAAUGUGACCUUGAGGUGCCGAGCGCCUCAAGUUGCCUGGAGGUUUGCACUCUUCAAGCCUGGAGAGACAGGCCCCCUACUCUUCAGGGAUGUGUCCUCAGAGCUGGCGGAGUUCUUCUUGGAGGAGGUGACUCUGGCCCAAGGAGGCAGUUACUGCUGCAGCUACCGGAGGCCUGACUGGAAGCCAGGUGUCUGGUCCCAGCCCAGUGAUGAGCUGGAACUGCUGGUGACAGAGCAGCUGCCGCGGCCGUCGCUGGUGGCGCUGCCCGGGCCGGUGGUGGCGCGCGGCGCCAACGUGAGCCUGCGCUGCGCCGGCCGCGUGCGCGGCAUGAGCUUCGCGCUGUACCGCGAGGGCGUGGCGGCCCCGCUGCAGUUCCGCGACUCCGCGCAGCGCUGGGCCGACUUCCCGCUGCCCGGCGCCCGCGCCCCGGGCACCUACAGCUGCUACUACCACACGCCCUCCGCCCCCUACGUGCUGUCGCAGCGCAGUGAGCCGCUGGUCAUCAGCUCGGAAGACUCUGGCUCCUCGGACUACACCCGGGGGAACCUCGUUCGCCUGGGGCUGGCCGGCCUGGUCCUCAUCUCCCUGGGUGCGCUGGUCGCGUUCGAUUGGCGCAGCCAGAAGCGCGCCCCUGGCGGGGCUGGGCCCUGAGCCGGGGAAACUGGAUGUGCACACCUACCCGCAAGAGGAGAGAAGCCGGGAUCCCCGCGUUGGAGUGUCCCUUCCUGGAGUCCCACAGCCCUGCCGGCUAAGCUCAGCUUAGCCAUCCUUCAAGCCUGUGCUGUGCCCUGUGCUUCUUUCAGGGCCUUCCCCAGGGCCACCCAGCUGAGUGGAAGGCACUGUCCGUGGUUAAGCUUCCUAAGCCGAAGACCUGGGUUCUAAUCCCAGCGCUGCCGCUCACUCCCGGGAACAUUUGGAAAGCGACCUUCCCCAAGCUUUGGUUGCCUUGACUGUAAAAUGGGCGCCCUGAUAAUGUCUCCUUCAUAGGAUUGUUGUAAGAUUAAGUGGAUAAUAUACAUAAGGUGUUUAAAACGGAGGCUGGCCCAUAGAAAAUGCUCAAUAAAUGUUGGCUACCGUGUAA